CACCGGUGGCUGCAGGACUGCGCCGAGGGACCCUGAGGUUCAAAAGCAGGGACCCACAACGUGGGUUAUGCUGGAGGCUUGGAUCACUGUGGACAACUGUACACUCAAGGCAGAACCAUGGGGGAUUUGCAGGAGAAUUAUGAAGAUGGGCUGGAAGAUGUUCUAGAGCAGGAGGAAUAUGAAGAACCAAGUGUCUCCGUGCCCCAAAUGGAGGAACCAGAAGCUCACCUCACUGAACCAACUGCCCCAGACUACGCCACCACAUCACAGCCGGGCACCCACGAGGUCUAUGUGGAGCUGCAGGAGCUGGUGAUGGACAAGAACCAGGAGCUGCGAUGGAUGGAGGUGGCACACUGGGUGCGACUGGAGGAGAACCUGGGGGAGGAUGGAGUCUGGGGGCGCCCACACCUGCCUUACCUCACCUUCUGGAGCCUCCUGGAGCUUCAGAAAGUCUUUGUCAAGGGUACUGUCCUCCUGGAUCUGCAGGAGACCUCUCUGGCCGGAGUGGCCAACCAACUGCUGGACAGGUUUAUCUACGAGGAGCAGAUCCGGCCUCAGGACCGAGAAGGGCUGCUCCGAACCCUGCUCCUCAAACACAGCCAUGCUGGAGAGCUAGAGGCCCUAGGGGGUGUGAAGCCUGCAGUCCUGCAACGCUCUGGGGAACCUUCACAGCCACUGCUCCCACAGCAACCCUCGCUGGAGACACAGCUCUUCUGUCAUCAGGGAGAUGGAGGCACUGAAGGGUCCUCACCAUCGGGAAUUCUGGGAAAGAUUCCACCAGACUCAGAGGCCUCCCUGGUACUAGUGGGCCGUGUCGCCUUCCUGGAGCGGCCAGUGCUGGGCUUCGUGCGGCUACAGGAGGCCACAUUGCUGGAGGCCGUGGAGCAGCCAGUGCCUGUUCGCUUCCUCUUUGUGUUGCUGGGACCCGAGACACCCCACACGGACUACACCCAGCUCGGCCGGGCCGCUGCGACCCUCAUGUCAGAGAGGGUGUUCCGCACAGAUGCCUACCUCGCCCAGAGGCGGGGGGAGUUGGUGGACUCCCUGAACAGCUUUCUGGACAGCAGCCUCGUGCUGCCUCCCACGGAUGUCCCCUCAGAACAGGCCCUGCGGAGUCUGGUGCCUGUGCAGAAAGAGCUGCUCCGGAAACGCUACCUACCCAGCCCUGCCAAGCCUGACCCCAGCUUUUAUAAGGGCCUAGACUUGAAUGGGGGAUCAGGAGUCCCUGGAGGCCCAGAUGACCCCCUGCAGCGGACAGGCUGGCUGUUUGGGGGCCUGGUGCGUGACGUCCGGCGCCGGUACCCCUAUUACCUGAGUGACAUCACAGAUGCGCUGAGCCCCCAGGUCUUGGCUGCCGUCAUCUUCAUCUACUUUGCUGCCCUGUCACCUGCCAUCACUUUCGGUGGCCUCCUGGGAGAAAAGACCAGAAACCAGAUGGGCGUGUCGGAACUGCUCAUCUCUACUGCGGUGCAGGGCAUUCUCUUUGCCCUGCUGGCAGCCCAGCCUCUGCUUGUGCUUGGCUUCUCAGGCCCCCUGCUUGUGUUUGAGGAAGCCUUCUUCUCGUUCUGUGAGAGCAAUGGCCUGGAGUAUAUUGUGGGCAGAGCCUGGAUUGGCUUCUGGCUCAUCCUGCUGGUGGUGCUGGUGGUGGCCUUCGAGGGCAGCUUCAUGGUCCGCUUCAUCUCCCGCUACACCCAGGAGAUCUUUUCCUUCCUCAUCUCCCUCAUCUUCAUCUAUGAGACCUUCUACAAGCUGAUCAAGAUUUUCCAGGACCACCCACUACAGAAGACUUAUAACCCCAAUGUGUUGAUGGUGCCCAAACCUCAGGGCCCCCUGCCCAACACAGCCCUCCUCUCCCUUGUGCUCAUGGCCGGCACCUUCUUCUUUGCCAUGAUGUUGCGCAAGUUCAAGAACAGCUCCUACUUCCCUGGCAAGCUGCGUCGGAUCAUUGGGGACUUCGGGGUCCCCAUCUCCAUCCUGAUCAUGGUUCUGGUGGAUUUCUUCAUUGAGGAUACCUACACUCAGAAACUCGCAGUGCCGGACGGCCUCAAGGUGUCGAACUCCUCUGCCCGUGGCUGGGUCAUCCACCCACUGGGCUUGUUUUCCGCCUUCCCCAUCUGGAUGAUGUUCGCCUCCGCCCUGCCUGCUCUGCUGGUCUUCAUCCUCAUAUUCCUUGAGUCUCAGAUCACCACGCUUAUAAUCAGCAAACCUGAGCGCAAGAUGAUCAAGGGCUCUGGCUUCCACAUGGACCUGCUGCUGGUCGUGGGCAUGGGCGGGUUGGCUGCCCUCUUUGGGAUGCCCUGGCUCAGUGCCACCACAGUGCGUUCUGUCACCCAUGCUAAUGCCCUUACCGUCAUGAGCAAGGUCAGCACCCCAGGGGCUGCAGCCCAGAUCCAGGAGGUCAAGGAGCAACGGAUCAGUGGGCUUCUGGUCUCUGUGCUUGUGGGCCUGUCCAUUCUCAUGGAGCCCAUCCUGUCACGCAUUCCCCUGGCUGUGCUGUUUGGCAUCUUCCUCUACAUGGGCGUCACAUCCCUCAGUGGCAUCCAGCUCUUCGACCGCAUCUUGCUUCUGCUCAAGCCACCCAAGUACCACCCAGAUGUGCCCUACGUCAAACGGGUGGUGACCUGGCGCAUGCACCUGUUCACGGGCAUCCAGAUCAUCUGCCUGGUAGUGCUGUGGGUGGUGAAGUCCACACCCGCCUCCCUUGCCCUGCCCUUUGUCCUCAUCCUCACUGUGCCCCUGCGACGCUACCUGCUACCACUCAUCUUCCAGAAUCUGGAGCUGCAGUGUCUGGAUGCAGAUGAUGCGAAGCUGACCUUUGAUGAGGAGGAAGGUCGAGAUGAAUAUGACGAAGUGGCCAUGCCAGUGUGAGGGGCGGGCCCAGGCCCCAAACUCCCGUUCCACUUCCUUACCCUCCCAGGAAUAGCUGAAGUUCAUGGGUAUCUCGUGGACUUUAGGCUCCUCCUGGGAUAGUAGUUGAGGACCCAGGGCUGUGGGUGGGGAAGGAAGGGGUGCCUGGGAAAGGGCAGAUUGGCUUUCCUGGCUGGAGAUGGCUGAUGGGGCCCAUAUUAGGGGAUCUGCUAUACCGUCCCUCCUGUUGCUACACUGCCACAGAUGGUCCCCUGCUGGAAGACUUGGAUCUGAGCCCCACCUCUUCAUAGCACAGACAGGGGCAGAAGCAAAGAGGGGAAGUAGGGGUGGUGAUGCUUGUUGUGUGACCUUGGGCAAGUCCCUUGACCUUUCAGCCUCUACUUCCUCUUCUGUAAAAUAGGUAUAUUGAUAGUAAUACCCAUGUUGCAGAAUAGUAGUCACCACUCUUUUUAGCCUGCCUAAGGCUCCCUAGUAGUGUACCUGGAAUUUGGGCUAGGUUUUCUGACUUUGAGGUCAGCUCUGUCGUCUGUCAGUCACUCAAAAGUGGCCCUGCUGACUCCUCCCUUCACCCUGAGACCCUCUUCUCUGGGGCCAGAGAGAGGUGUCCUGGUGAGGGCAGGGUGCAGGUGAGGAUCCAACAGGCCUGGAACUCAGAGCUCCUAAGUGCUUGCUCCCUACCUUCAAGUGCUCGUUAAUUCAUUCAUUCAUCCUUUCCACAAACUUUUACUGAGAGCUCUGGAUCCUGUGGACACAGAGGAGACUGAGACAAGACCCUGCCCUGGGGUUGGGGUGGGGGGC